AUGUUAACGGCUCUGAUUAACUCUUUCACCUACUACCUCUCCGAACAUCCAUACAUCGUCGGAUUCCGUUGGGGACACAGCCAAUCAUGGGGCUCCACGUGGUCUUUCCUCUUCACCUCAAUUUCACUCUACAUCGCCGUCUCUUCUUCCCUCCACAUCCUCCUCUCCGCCGUCCUCCGCCGUAACCGUUCCGUUCCUUUAGGCCACAUCCCCGAAAUCCACAGCCUUCUCAUGUCAAUCAUCUCCGCCACCAUUUUCGCUGGAAUCCUCCUCUCCGCCGCCGCAGAAAUCCGCGACACACGGUGGUUCUGGCGACGGAGCAAAACCGUCACUUCUCUCCAAUGGCUCCUCUGUUUUCCUCUCGGGACUCGUCCGUCGGGUCGGGUCUUCUUUUGGUCCUACGCGUUUUACCUCACACGCUUUCUCCACAUGUUCCGUACGAUCUUCGCCGUGCUCCGUCGCCGGAGACUCUCCGUGUCUCAGCUCUUCUGCAACUCCGUCAUGGCCUUCACGUCGUUCCUCUGGCUCGAAUUCUCGCAAUCGUACCAGAUUCUAGGCAUCCUAUCGACGACGCUGGUUUACUCGGUGGUUUAUGGUUACAGAUUUUGGACCGGGUUUGGUUUACCCGGUUCGGUUUUCCCAUCUUUCGUAGUGAAUUGUCAGAUGGUUCUCGUGGGCUGUAAUCUCGUGUCACACGCUGGGGUUCUUACGAUGCACCUCAUUAAAGGCGGAUGCAGUGGGAUCGGCGCGUGGAGUUUAAACUCUGUGCUCAACGGUGCGAUUUUGUUGCUUUUUCUCAAUUUUUAUGUGAGAAUGCAUUCGCCAAUACGCCGCCGUAUCGGUAACACUUCGCCGGAGCUUGAAUUACCAGCGAACGUAAAGCAAAAUAAUUAA